AUGUGGAAGACAUUGCAAAAGAGAGGAAUAAUUUCCUCCAUUGUUGCCAAUAACAGCAGUGGCAGCACUUCUACUACCAAUAUUCAUUCGAAAAGUCGUUUGAUGAUCAAUUCUUCCUCUUCUUCAUUGUCCAAUUCUCUCAUCACCAAUAAUAAGAAAAGAUCUUUUGUACAGCCUGUAAAUAAGCUUUUUACAUCUAAUCAACAACAAGAAUUAAUAGAUAUUAAUAAUAAGAAUAAUAAUUUAUCAUCAUCAUCUUUAUCAACAAUACAACAAACACGUAAAUUCAGUACCAUCAAUAAUUCUACAAAUAAUUCAACAACAACAGCAAGUUCUAAACAAAUCAUUGAAGAAAAUAGUAAUAUAAUUAUUAAUUUAUUGAGAAAGCUUGGAAAGGGAAUCUUUUAUCUUUCCUUUGGAAUAUUAGGUGCUUUAAUUUCAGCCUUUCUAUUGAUGAAGGGUUGUUUAGAACUUUUUACUAGAUUUAAACUCGAUGAUCCAGAAGAUGCACUCUUUUAUAAUGAAGCACUCAUCAAAUUCAUGUAUAAUUUGGAGAAUUUAGAUAGAUUUGUUAGGGCUUUCUUUACACUCUUUGUUAUUGCUGGAGAUUAUUUCCUUCUCUUGGAUACAUCAUGGAAGAAUCCAAAGUAUUGGUUCGGAGCACCUUUUCCUGAUAAGAAUUCAGAUGAAUUCAAGCAAUUAAAGAAGGCACAUCACUAUAUGAAUGCAGUAAGAUUGAAGAAUUUGUUCAUGUCUUUCAAGGGAAUAUAUAUCAAGUAUGGUCAAUUCUUUGCUUCGUUGGGAGGAUGGAUUCCAGAUGAAUAUUGUACUGUAAUGGCUGCUAUGAGAGAUCAAGCACCUACUGUUGGAUAUGAUGAAGUGAGAAAGGUCAUUCAUCAAGAUUUUGGAAAACCACUCGAGGAAUUGUUUAUUGAAUUUGAGAAGGAACCAAUUGCUUCUGCCUCUAUUGCUCAAGUACACAGAGCAAGAACUAAGGAUGGCACUCUUGUUGCUGUUAAAAUUCAAUAUCCCUAUGUAAGAAGAUUCUUCUUCAAUGACAUGGAAACCAAUGAUAUUGCAAACAAGUUUUCAAUUAAUGUAUACUAUUUGCAAGAUGAUGCAGAGAAUAUUGAUGCAUUGGUAGCUCUCAACAACAAGUUCAAUGAGGAGUUGAAGGAUGGUCUCUAUACGGAACUUAACUUUUUACAUGAGGCCAACAAUGCAACCAAGGCAGCCGCAAACAUGAAAAAGAGAAAGGACAUUUACAUUCCUAAAGUCUACUCUGAUUUGACUAGUUCAAGAGUUUUGACUAUGGAAUUUAUUGAGAAUGCAGUGAAGGCAGACAAUGUUGAAGCUAUUAGAAAGAUGGGAUUUAGUGAAUCAGACAUUUCCAAGAGAAUUUUAAAGUCCUUCUCUGAACAAAUCAUGGUUCAUGGCUUGUUCCAUUGCGACCCUCACCCUUCCAAUAUUCUUGUUAGACAAAACCCAAAGAAUCCAUCUGAACCACAAAUUGUCAUUCUCGACCAUGGUUUAUAUAAGGAAAUUGAUGAUGACUUCCGUAGAAAUUAUGCUAAUUUUUGGAUGAGUAUUAUUCUUGGAGAUACCAAACACAUGGAAAGAUAUUGCAAUCAAUUGGGAAUUUCUGAUUACAAGCUCUAUGCUUCCAUUAUCAUGAUGCAAGGUUUUGACUCUCUUGUUUCUACUCAAAACGAAAAACAACUUACUGAAAAGGAUUGGGAAGAGUUCUUCACAGCCAUGCAAGUUCAAAGAGAUGAUUUUGUGAAUAUUUACAAGAAUAUGCCAGACAAUAUGGUCUUUAUUUUGAGAACUGAUAAUAUCCUCCGUGCUCUUAACAGAGAUUUAGGAGCUAAGGUCAAUAGAUUUUCAAUCAUGGCUAGAGCUGCUGCUAAGGGAUGUUCCAUUAGAAGUGACGAUGGUAAUAUGAGUCGUUUGAGGAGAAUUACUCAAAGAAUUUCUUCCUUGUCAAGCAGAGCUUAUUUUGAAAUGAGAUUAUUCUGGCUCACCUAUGUUAAAUCAUCACUCCUAGCUCUCUACGUUUCAUUGUUUGGUAUUUAUGCUGAAUGGAAGAGAAAUACCACAAUCGAACGUAAUUUGUACAUACUUGAAACAUCCAAGCACAUUUCUGCUGGAUUUGAGUAAAUAGUUUUGUUUUC